AUGACCCGAGUUUUAAUCUCGAUUUUAUCGUUAUUCGUUAUAUUAUUCAGCAAUACCAAUGGUUUGAAUGUAACGGAAUAUCUUUCGUACAUAGAAGAUUUAUCUCGUGAUCCACAUUUUGUUGCAGAAUAUACUAAAUGGGCACUUGAAUUAUCUUCUGAUCCUGAAUAUAUGUAUGGUGCAUCACAACCAUUUCCAUGUUCAACAAAAGGAAUGCAAAGUACAGAAAUUCCAACAUCCGUUCAUGCUCUACGACCAGGUGAUAUUCAAUGUGUUGGAGCUAUAGGUGAUAGUAUAACAGCUGGUAUGGGUGCUCAUGCUCUUACUCCAAUUGGUGUUCUUUUGGAAAAUCGAGGUGUUUCUUGGUCAGCUGGUGGUGAUCAUACAUAUGAAAAAAUGAUAACAUUACCCAAUAUUCUUCGUUUAUAUAAUCCAAAUUUGAAAGGUUUUUCAACUAAAACUUCAAUUUCAUUUCUCAAUGGACAAAAUGCAAAACAUAAUGGAUUAAAUGUUGGUAUGUUUUACUUCUUUUUUUUUUAUAAUUAUUAUUAG